AAUAAAACAUAACUCCUGUCUGAAGGAUCGAAAACAUGUCGAGCAUUCGGGUCACAUGUCUUGGUUCAACAACAAGAGAGGACGAGUUGAGGGUGUACUUCAGUAAACCAGAACAUGGCGGGGGUCCAGUGGAAAAGAUCUACUAUCCAUUGAUGAAUAAUGAUGCUGUUAUUGUUUUUCAAGAGAGUCAUGUUGCUGCACAAGUUAUGUCCAUUGAGGAGCAUACAGUGGCUGGCAGGGAAGUGGAUAUGUAUUUUCUACCCCCUAAAAUAUUUUCCACUAUCCAAGCCAGGGUAGAUCCUGCUGUUUCUCUUCUUAUUGAAUCUGUCACGGCCUGUAAAGACCAUUUAUUGUAUAUUAUUGGAUUGUCCUUGACCUUUGACUCCGCAGGAUGUUGUAUUCUUGAGGGAAAUAUGUUUCAAAUUGAAAUGGGAUGGGAAAUCAUUGGUCGGUAUUUACAUCAGCAAGAGAAGAUUCAUUCAAGAGCAUUGAACAAGGGAUACAACUUGCAGAAAAGUCUGAGCGGCUCCAAACAACCUAGUCACAAUGGGAAAUCAGACAGGUUAGAGUCAUCAGAACGUUUUCUAUCAAGCAACAGUAGACAGGAGAACCAAGCUCCUUACUGGAGUAAAAGUGAUGACAGAUCUUUAGAAGAUGAAGAUGAGAAUGGUGCAUUUUUUAGAGAGAAGGAAGUAAGUAAACACAAGGAGUCCAGCAUUAGUGAUUACAGAGACAGAAGGAACUUACCUAUGGAAAUAGAUCACGAAACUCAGGUGAAAUCCAUCUCAGGGGUCAGUAAUGUCCGUCCUAUUACUAGUCCUGGAGCAGAGUGGACUCAAGAACUUAGUAAAUAUUCAGAGUCUCAGCUGGAUGACUUGUUUUCAUCGACUCAUAAAUCAAGCAGUCUUAGCCAUAAAGAGACUGACAGACUAUUUACUAAGUCUGAGAAAGUGCCAACAUCUGCUGAAUCUCAUCUUCGAAGUGACUACAAGGAUCCAACAUCAAAAACAUCUUUUAUCAAUGAAAACAGUCUCCCUGGCUACCAGAACCAAGUAGACCGUCCAUUGGAUUAUCUGAGUCUGCAGAGUGUAAAUGGUCGAGAAUCUAUUCAAGUUUUUCCUUCAAAUGCAGAUGAAAGCUCAGAGGAGGAGUCAUUUGGGAGGGGAACCAAAAGGUUUGACGAUGCCAAUAAUACUUUUGAGAACUUCUCCAGUCUCCCUCACACAAGCAGGCAGAAAGGAGGGGCAUCUAAAUCAUCCAAAACAACUGUGAAAUCUAACAGCAUUAUGAAGGAGAGCAACCACAUCAGCAUUAAACCCGGUACAAGCAGUGCUCUAGAAAAAGGUGCUAAACCCAGUACAAACAAAGCUGCUGAGAAAAAAGAUUCCUCCUCCUCGGUCAUAGACAGGCUGCUUUCAUCUCAUUACAGCUCCCUGGAGCCACAGUUUGAGGCCCUGAAGCAUAGUCAGAGAGCAGCCUUGAUGUCUGACCACUCACAGGCCAACAGCUUUACUUUUAAUGCAGGAUCACUCAAGGUCACCGUGUGUCAAGGUAACAUCACUGAGGUCAACACCGUGGCAAUAGUCAAUGCAGCCAAUGGGAGUCUUAUCAAUGGUGCUGGAGUUGCUGGUGCAAUUGCUAGGGCUGCUAGUCCCACCAUGGAGAGAGAAUGUGAAGAAUUUGUCAAGAAGAAUGGGAUGUUAUCGACAGGGGAGAUAAUGCAUACCCGUGCAGGGGGAAGAUUGCCUGAUAGGGUGACACAUGUGCUGCAUGCUGUGGGUCCAAUCUGGCUGGAUAAUCUACCUGACAGGUGUUUGUAUGAGCUUAUUCUCACUUACGUCAAUGUCUUCAAGUAUGCCAACAAACUCUGGAUUCCAUCCCUUGCUCUGCCUUGUAUCAGCUCAGGAGUAUUUGGAGCACCUCUGGAUGUUUCCAUCAAAUGUUUUCUGGAUGGUGUCCUGAUUUUCCACAGUGAGAUGGGAGAUCCUGCCCAUCUGAAGGAGAUCACAUUAGUCAACACUGACGAGGAUGGUGUGGCUACAUCCAUAGCCAUUCUCCAGUCUCUGUUGGACGGAGGUCAGGACCGCGCCACAGCGGAGGCUAUUGACAGGUUCACCAGGUUACAGGAGAAGAGGAGAGCCACCACCAACAAACUCAAAAUGGUGGCUGGGAGAUCACUGAUUAAAGACGACAUAACAACAGAUACUGGACGAAAAACAGAUCUGGUACACAAUGAGACAUCUCGAGCUCGUCGGAGAUCUAGCUCAAUGUCAAGGCUGAAGGCCAAGACAGAAUCUGCAACUAGUGAUAAGAAAGUCAAGGAGGAUAGUUCUAGUAAGAAAAUGUCUUCUAGUUUAAGAGUCAAUGGAAGCAGCUCUAACUUGGAGAAGAAAUCACCUCGUCCACCAAGCUCAAAUCGACCUUCAAGUCAAGCGACUUAUACCAAACAACCAGAGGAACAAAAAUCUCCAAGGCAACCACCAGCUAUGAAGCCUGCCCUGGUCACGACCUCUCCACCUAGUGGUGGGGCUAAACCAAAAACCAAAACAACUCACAAUACCACAGCUAAAAAUACUCCUUUAAAAGCUGCAGUUACCUUGGAUCCCUUUAAUAUGGAAAGAGAAUUAUCCAAAUUGAAGCUGAAUCAGACUUCCAAUGGAGCAUUCAAAAGUUACACCAGAGAGUACAACGAAGAAGAAUUUCACAGUCUUCCUAUCAACCUGGAGAGCCCCAGUGUGGAUAAAAUCUCCUUCUGUAAAAUAUGCCAUGGAAAAAUGAAAAAAUCAAAAACAUUAUACAAAUGCAACCAUACAUUUUGUACAGAUUGUAUCGAAGGACAGUUUCGCAAAUAUGGACCAAAAUGUCCUCAGUGCGGAGCCAUGUACUCCACUUCUACGCUCAGUAAGACCAUGUCUGAAGAAGUGGAAUCCUCCCCACGUAGUCAGUUAAUGAGCACAGUGGUUCACUCAUCCCUUCCGCAGGGGACGAUGUCGCACAUGACAAGAAGGAACAUGUCUGUCCCAGGGUAUGAGUAUUGUGAGGGGGCUAUCGAAAUUCAGUAUGAUAUUCCAAGUGGAAAAGUACUGAGAAAAGACAGAUCAAGCAGUCGCAGUGCAUACACUGGGGUUCAACACAAGGCUUACCUCCCUAAUUCUGCUGAGGGCAGAGAAAUAUUACGUCUCCUAAAGAAGGCGUUUGAGGCAGAUCUUGUUUUUAGAGUUAGCAGCCGAGGGACUGUAGAGUGGUGUAUUUCACACAAAACAUCAAUUCAUGCCUCUAAUGGUUACCCAGACUCCACCUAUCUCAGAAAAGUGAGGGAGGAAUUAUCUCGGAGGGGAAUCACAUAGAAGAGUUGCCUCCUCUUGCCCAGUGAAGAGUGCCAAGGUUCCUUAUAAGACAGCUACAUGUACCUGUAUUAUAAUAUUAUAAUGUCACCAAGCUUUUGAUCGAAGUUUGUCUGGAGUCCAUUUCUUUCAAGUCUAAAAUUUUUCCCACAGUGUCACACUAUAAUUGUUGAUAGAUUUGAGGUUUAUAUAUA